AUGACCCUGACCAAAGGUUUCUUCUACUAUUCCAGCGGAGACAUAGAACUUCUGGAAAUUGACAGUUUCUUUACCAAAGAUUCACUAUUGGACGUCAUGUUUGGUGAUUUUGAGCUUGGGCAAGUGAAUUUUUGGUUUGGUGGGAGAAACGUGACUGCAUACACGCACUACGACACCUCACACAAUCUUCACACCAUCAUUCGCGGUCGUAAGAAGUUCCUACUUUUCCCUCCGUCGGCGCACAAGCACCUAAAGCUCUACCCAAGCCUCCAUACAUUCUACAGACAAGUUCAGGUGGACAUUCUUAAUCUGACUCAGGCCCAAUUUAGGGAGCUGCUUUUUGAGACGCCGUUUCCUCGAAGUCGUGCUAACACGCGGCGAGACACUGUACAUCCCUCCAUAUUGGUUCCACUGUGUAGUGACCCUGGAGCCUACCAUCUCACUCAACGUUUGGAGCCAGAGUGA